AUGCUCACCCUGUGGACUAUAGCAUUAGUCGCCCUCUUCUCACUCAUCCGCGCACAGACCACACCCGGGACGAUCAGCGCUCCUGCGCCGUACACCCCCGUAGCGCCGGGCUCUGCAUUCAACUUCAGCUAUAACGCCCACGCUGAUUACUGCAUCUCCAGCUUCAGCUUCACCGCCUAUGUCAUCACGGAGCCGCCCACUUCAUUGAUCGAGACGGGUGACUUCAUGGGCGGGUACACUUUCGGGACGUAUCAGGAAGAGAAUUAUCCUGCCGUGCCGUGGCCAACGAACCCACCGCCGUCGCAGCUCACCAUGCCGGACUUCUCUACAGUGGAGUCUGGUUGGGGCCGCGGUUUCAAUUGCACCAACUGCACAUUCUACAUCACCGUGCUCGAAGAGUGGGAUGAUUGCGCGGGUGCGCUGGGCAGGAAAUUCGGACUGGCAUCCGUUCCGGUCAUUUACAACGCCACGACAACAUCAUGA